CGCAUUCCCCUUCCCAAUCCCUCUCGUUCCUGCCGGUAUCGAACGAACUAUCGUUGCACGAGUUUCAUCCUUUGCCUUUAGCGAUCUGCUAGCAAAAUUAUAAUGUUUGCCGUAGCAAACGGCCCAACAAGCUCACCGAGGGCUGCCAUAGGACCUAAGACUAAGGUUACAGUGGUUUUAGGAGCACAAUGGGGCGAUGAAGGCAAAGGAAAGCUCGUGGAUAUUCUCGCAACAAACGCUGAUGUUGUGUGCCGGUGUCAGGGAGGAAAUAAUGCAGGACACACUGUGGUUGUUGGGGACAAGCAUUAUGCAUUACAUAUGUUACCCAGUGGGAUGAUAAAUCCACACUCAAUGAAUGUAAUUGGCAAUGGAGUUGUUAUACACAUUCCACAGUUUUUUGAAGAACUAGAAAAACUUGAAGCCAAAGGUAUCCCAGAGUGGAAGGAUAGACUAAUAAUUUCAGAGAGAGCACAUUUAGUUUUUGACCUGCACCAAGAGGCAGACAAAUUAAAAGAAUCAGGAAAAACAAGCUUGGGAACCACCAAAAAGGGCAUCGGACCAGCAUAUGCAUCAAAGGCUCAAAGACUCAAUCUUCGUGUCUGUGAUCUGCUUGGUGACUUUAGUGUGUUUGCAGAAAAAUUCACCUCUUUAGCACAUCAUUUUCAACGACUGUAUCCAGAUUUAGUAGUUGACAUUGAAGAUGAGUUGAAAAAAUACAAGGUGUUUGCUGAGAAAGUGCGUCCACUUGCUCGAGAUACUGUGUCAUUCAUGAACAAAAUACUACAGACACCUGACAAUAGGGUAGUAGUUGAGGGUGCUAAUGCGUUGAUGCUGGACAUUGAUUUUGGCACCUACCCUUUUGUAACAUCGUCAAACUGCAGUGUAGGGGCGGUCUGCACAGGACUGGGGAUUCCUCCUCAAGCCAUUGGCAAUGUUUAUGGAGUCACCAAGGCAUAUACUACAAGAGUGGGAAUGGGUGCGUUCCCAACAGAACUGUUUGAUGAAUUAGGCAACCAGAUGCAAGAGAUUGGUCGAGAAUUUGGUGUGACAACAGGAAGGAGAAGACGAUGUGGAUGGCUUGACCUUGUCAUGAUCAAAUAUUCACACAUGAUCAAUGGCUUUACUGCGCUUGCCAUUGCCAAACUAGAUGUUCUCGACACAUUUGAAGAGGUCAAACUAGGUGUGGCAUAUAGAUAUAAAGGAGAACUUCUCUCAUCCUACCCAGCCAGUCUAGAGGUGUUGAGUAAAGUGGAAGUUGAGUACCUAACCCUGCCUGGCUGGAAGACGAGUAUCACGAAUUGCAGAUCAUUUGAUGACCUUCCUCAGAAUGCGCAAGUGUUUGUUAAAAAAGUUGAAGAAAUCGUCCAGAUACCAGUUAACUGGGUUGGUGUUGGACAGGCUCGUGAUCAGAUGAUUAAUGUCUACUAGAUGAUACCAACCAGACAGGAAAUGAAAUGCUACGUAGGCAUGAUGCAGGAAGGAGUUUUUUUUUUAUUAAUUUCUGAUGCUUUAUCACAAUAGUUUGGACAUUUUGUAAAGUAUUUAUCUGCCUGAAAGGACCAAGUGUUCAGCAAUUAUAUUCCAUGGUGAAGAAGGAUUAGUCAUUGCACUAUUACCCUGGACUUAAAAAAAGUAUUUAAUUUUAAUUUUUACAUUUUGUUGCUAUGCCUUUUAAAGGUUAUACAUAAGCUGAUGAUGGCUAUGCCUAAACUUUUCAAUGCUUGGCUUAGGCUGUAUCAUUAUCAUUAAAUUUUUAUUUAACAUUCCAUUUACGAAAGAACAGAGGGUAGUAUAGAUCAGAUUGCAUCAUUGUUGUAGUAAACGACUAAAGGGCUCAAUUUUAGCAUUUUCACUAAUUUCACUUUUUCCAGCCCAGAAUAAAUAACAAAUUAUAUGGAGCUGGUCUCUUUAGCCAAUGGUCUACCUUAUCUGGGAAAGUGCUAAAAUCAAGUCACAUAAGCAAUAUGGCAAAGAAAGUGUUGUAAUAUUUUAAAUUAAGCCAUUGUUCUUUUAUCUGUUGUAAAAUGCUUAGCUGGAGUGGCGAGGUGUGUAAUAAACAUGGUUCUUAUAAAAA